CCGUGUUGUUCAGUUGCCGGUAGUUUUAGCAGACGACAACCGCAAGUUUUAUUCUUUCUAAACUGAUUGUUCGUGUAUAUGUGUGAAAUUUCAUACCAUAUUGGAUUUCCCGUGAAUGAAUUGCAAUGCUGUUUUAAAAUUAAGUGUUCACACUAACGGAAUUCGUAAAUUAAUUUCGGCCCAAACUGUUGGUAGGUUAUCUGAGAAAUAAUGAAGUUAGUGAUAAUUUGAUUAUACAAAACUUGGCAAUGAUUUUGUCAGCAACAGACAUUGCAGCUAGUUUUCCUUCUCGUUAAUGUUUCAAAUCAAUUGAUGUCUCCUGACUUGAGAAAGCUUGGAGUGAUUGCUCUGUUUUAAACACUCGUAGCAACAUCUUCCAAAGAUGGAAGCCCUCAUAAGUGACAAGAGUGCCAUGGACCCCGAGGUAGUCAUACCUGAGGAGGUGGGAACAGCGGGUGGCGUCUCCCAAGCGCUGUGGAUAGGGUUGCCACGCUCCUGGGCGCUUGCAGUGUUCUUGGCAGCAGGAGCGUCUCUUUCCCUGUGGGGACCUUCCACCUGCCUGUUGGGAGUCAUUGUUGCAGGACUUCUAGCUUGCCUCAGAGGUGGGUGCUGCGGAGUGCAGAGAUCCAGCGGAGGCUCUUGGCUGUGUGUUCUACAGCGUGCAGCCAGCCUCGGAGUUCUGGCCUGCGGCGUGAGUGCUUCCCUGCAGCUCAGGCUGGUCUGGCUGUCGCAGGCUCCUCACGUCUUCUCCGUGGCGAUCCUGCUCUUCCUCAGCUUGAUGUUUGUCUUGGGUCUGGAGAGAUCGAGAUUGCUCCGGACUGCCUUGAUGGUUGGUAUGUCUACGGCGUUGCUUCUGCUGGUUUCCGCAGUGUGUCUCUUCUACCAACCUCCACUUCUGCAGAAGCUGAUUCAACCUUCUGUUACUCUUAGUCAGGUAAUGGAGUGUGCAGCAUUCUUCACCAUGGUGUUCUCAGGAAACAGCAACAAAAUUCCUGACAGAAGUGUGUCUCUGGCGUCACUUCUUCCUGUGGUCAUCCUGCAUCUGAGCACGCUUAUCACUGUGGCCUUCCUCUCAAUCGUUGUAAAUGAUGAAAAAUUACAUUCAGGAAUCUUUCUCAUCAGUGAACUGAAGGUGGAGACAUCUGGUACUGUGGGAAGGCUGGUUUGUGACAGUCUCGCAGUGUUGGCAACACUGAACCUGUGCCUGUCAUUAGUGGAGGAAAUGGCUGAGAGCAAGCGGAGUGUGGCAGCAGUGGCCGGCGUGUUGUUACCAGCUCAAAUAGCCAGGGACAGUCUCCUGACUGGUACUCAGUUGUGGACUAUUCUGAUAUCUGGUGCGGUGAGCUCCCUCCUGGUCUGCCUUUGGUCCCUUCCAUCUCUCAUGAUGUUGGUCAGUGUCUGCUGCCUUUUGGCCCACUCUUGUGAUUUGCUCUCUGCACUGUAUUUGACGUACCAGCCUGUCUUUGUUUCUAAACAUGCAGGUGAAGAGGUGGAGGGAGGGGGGAGCUACCAACUGCUGUCUGACACUACCCAGCUGGUGGUGAGUGACUCGGAACUCAGUGAUGACUCUGGUCACAGUUCUGACACGGACAUCGAUGCUGCCGUCCAUGAGUACAGGGAGACUAUUAAGGUGGUGGCAGCUACGGCAAGUCCACAAGAACCAACUGUCAGUUCAGCUCGCCAUGCCACGUACAGUCUGCUGGCGUUAUUGGUGGUGUCUGCAGGACUGGGGGUGGCUCUGUCCCACGGUUACACCUACCUUCCAGCUUUCGCUGUCAUGGAAGUGCUGUUGUUCGCAUAUGUGAUGUCACGCCAGCCUCAGCGGUCCCAGAAUGCUCUCUCUCCUUGGUUACCUAGUGCCGCAUUAAGUGUAGAGGUGAUGCUAGCAUCCCAACUAUUCCCAGCCCAGUGGUCUAGCUUGCUUCUCUGGUCUUGUACAGGUUUGGGAUUUUGGCUGUACAACAAGCGUAAGUACUGGUUUCAUCUGCAGUCUCGUGCACGUAGUCACGUGGACAGGACCAAGUUACGCAUUGACCCACACCACCGAACUACUCUGUCGUUCCUGACGAGCUACCGCAACCUGACACAUGUAGACACAGUUCACGUUGUACGAUAAGCUGAUCAAUAUUUUGUCUUCAAGUCAGAAAUUGCAAUAUCUUGCCUUAGUUUCAACAAUACUAAGAAGUAUGCUUUGCUUUCAUUUCUGUAUUAUUCAGAAUGAUUUUGGCACAAUUUUAAAUUGGCCUUACUUUUGGAUUUGUACAAAAUAUUUUGAUUUGAGAGUUUUAGAUUUGCUUUUAUGGAUUUAUAACUAUUUGUUAUUUAUACAAAACAUUGCAAAUUAAUUUUUUUACUUCAACACACUUGGAGAAAUUUAAUUGUUUACAGAUACCCGUAUUUGUGCUAGAAUUAAUUCAUUCUUGUGGACUUUAAAUUGGCCAAUGUUUUAUUCCAACAGGCAAGAUUAAGACAGUUACAGCUCCCAUAUUCACCUUUGAGAAAAGUGCAUUUAUUCUUCAGAUAUGUAUGUUUUUGGGGAAUAGUAUUUUUGACUUCAAGGUGAAGUCAGGAGUAUCAGAUUGAGUGGAGAUAUUCCCUUGUAUUUGAUUAGCUUAUGCUUCUUUUAAACUUCGUGGGACCUUGAAAAUGUUGUGCUCCUUGUUUCUUUUUUGUCUUUGUCACAUGUACAUGUUUAAUAGAAUAAGGCUGGGGAAAUUGAGAUCGUUGGAUUAUAAGUUGGGCGAUAGCUGCGGAUGCACAAAGAUGCGACUACUGGUGACUAACAACUUUUUCAAUGCUGCAAUAAGCAAUAGUUUGCAUGGCUGUAUGCAGAAACUUUAUCAGAUGUUGAGGCUAUAACCUUUUAUGCAAGGACGUAGCCAGCGAGGGGGUCCGGACCUCCCAAAUUUUCAAUUACUUUUUUAUUAAACAAUUAUUACUAUUUAAAUAAUUCAGUAUUACUGAUGUGUACUGCUGAAAGAUCGUUCUCAACAAGUAACAGGUCAAGAACUUUUUAAGAAACAAAAUGGGGCCUUACUCUCUGUCCACUACGGGAAAAAUGUCAGUUGUCUAGACCCCCCCCCAAAGUUUUUUCCUGGCUACAUUCUUGCCUUUAUGGUCUGCAGAAGAGAUGGUGACAUGUUAUUUAUACUCGAGUAGUAGGUGGGAUUUUUACAAGAAGGAUUUUCAUUGUGCAUGGAUAUCUUGGCAAAGAAUCUGAUGUCCCAGAGUGCUUUGGACCUAUGUUCUAUCUGCUUGAAAGAAUCACCAAUAGAAUUCUCUGAAGCAGCUGUAUAAAUGUUUAUAGGAACAUGAUAACCACCAAAGAUAUGAUGGAUUUUUUUAGUCGGAUACUCCGUCCAUCUCCCACAUGGUAUCAUUUGUAAUUCCAUAUAUAUAUAUAUACACACAAAUAUAUUAAUGUAAUAAUCAUUACUUGCUUCUACACACUAACAGUAUUUUCUAAUAAUUUCCAAGAUUGUCUGCAUGUAUACAGUGGUAACCAUAUACUUGUUUCCGUUACAAAAGUUUAACUUGUAAUGAUUGUCUAGUUCACAUUUCACAUUGAGACUAUCUUUCUGAAAGAUUGGGCAUUUUCCGUCAUAAAAUUACACAGACUGAACAUAAGGAAUAUAAAAUUGAUGACAGACCAUGGUCAUCCUACCAUAGCUUUGCUAUUUGUCGAUUCGCUAUACUCAUAAGAGUUCUACAAUUCACACCUCAUGUUGCUAGGAAAAUGAUUUUUUACACACUUUACCGUUUGAUUGUUCUACAUAAAACUUGUAGAAGAGGUCUCAAGUUUGAUUAAGGUGGUUAAGUUUGAUGAACACUUAACUUACUUACUUAAUUACAUUAUUAGAUUAUUGAACACUUAAUUAGAGAUUAUUGAUGUUCCAAUUAAUCAAUGAAAUCUCUAACGAUCAGUUGUGAUAGUAUGUACUCCAUCUUCUCAGAACAUUUGGGCUUCCACUAUGUUCAAUACUAGUUCCACAGCUCUUGACACAAUGAACAGAUCUGAAAAAUCUUUGCCAAAUGGAGAGCCAGUGGGCGAUUGGUUCUAAGGCAUUGGACUUUGGGUCAAGUUAGAGAUAGCUCUGUACCUACUAUUGACCUUGAACUGUACUGGUUGUCUCUCUUGCUGUUUGAUAAGAUCCUCACACAGGUCAUUACCAACGAGGACAAGCAGAUUAAGUCUAAAAGAGGAACUGGCUUCCUCUUUUUGGAAUAAAACUUUUUGACCAAGAUAAAUUACACACAUUUUACAUGAAAUGAUGCCUUAAGAUAAAAUAUUAAUUCAGCAUUACAAUAUUAGAAAUUACAAUUAUGGAGUAGCAAGCCUUUGAGUUUUAUAAACUUAACGUUAUUUAUUGAACUAAGUAAUUAAUUGAUUAUAACAUGGCUUCUUUUGGUAUAUGCUGUUUUGUUGAGUAAAACGUGUCCAUCCUAUCUCUUAGCAAUACUUUUAUGCUAUUGUCAUCUACAUCACUUAGACAUAACUGUAGAAAGCACAUAUUAUAUGUUUUGUAACUGUUUGAAACCAGUUAAAUCUAUAAUAAACGAUAUUCAAUAUGUAAUUGAAUACUGUACUACUGUUAAAUGUUUGAUGCAGAUUUGUUUUGUAACGGAACGGUGGAUUUACAUCUGUAAUUGACUUUUAAAGAAAGGAUUGUUUUAAAACUCAUUUUCUCAAAGGUUGUUUAUUAAAAAAUAUUGCUAUUUUUAAUGUCAACAUUUACUUGUAGGGAAGUCAUUAAUGUUAACUAUUUAAAGUAGGGGUAGUCAUUUAUCUGUUCGAUUAUUGAAGUUAAAUCAUUUUUGUAGUGAGUAGCAAUUUGUAUGGUUUAUUACAGCUAUAAAGUAUUUUGACUGUUAAGUGAACUUAAAAUGUUAAGAGUUAAAACUAGUUUAUUACGUUACUAAUAAAAUAUAUUUGGUUCCAAAAAGUUUUAAAUUUUUAUCAAUAAUUAUGUACCUACUUAUAUGUCUCAAUACUCGAGAUAUUUAAAAAAUGAUUACUUGGUUACGAGCACAUGUAGAAAUGGAUGUUUAUUAAUUUUUUUGGAAACAGAUAAAAAGUAUUGAUUAAAUACGUUUCUGGCUGUGAGUUGAGUGAAGAAACUGGAAAUAAAAGUAAAGCAAGAGUUUAUAGUCCAUUCAAAAUAUACUGUUGAAUUAUCCUUAACCUGUUGAGGAGUAGCUGAAAGUUGUUCCAAAAGAGUACAGACGGUUAUAGCCGUUUGAUUCCAAAAGAGUAUUGACGGUUAUGACCGUCCAUGACGGGGUUGCUAAAACAAUCAAUAUUGCAACUGUUUAUGCACUCCAGUGGCGUUCUUACAUACUAUUUCGACUGUGAAAUGUUCAAAGUAAUUAUUGCUGUACGGUGCUGGCUCCUAGUGACGGAAUACAUAAACACAGAUUUGCCGCCAAAUGUUCUGUCAUUUUCUCGUGCCACGUCCAUUUAUAGGCUAUACAUGGAAUCAAAAAACCCAAAUGCUAAGGUUCACAUCAUGGACUUCCGAAUUAACGUUAUCAGACAGAUACUGGAAGCACAUGUUGCACCAAGAGAAGAGGCCGCAGCUGUGACGCGUCCGUUGGGCGGAGCCCAGCAGCCGCUACGCUUGUCAGGUCGCCAUUUCCCCCGCCCACUACCAGUAAGGGAAAAUGGUCGAAGGAAGCUAAAACGCUGCUUUGUGUGUUCAAAUACAACACGGGGUGAGCGUAAAAGGAAAGAAACUGCUUAUGAGUGCACAAAAUGUGAAGUAGCACUUUGUGUGUACCCGUGUUUUAAACACUAUCAUACGUUUGUAAAAUUCUAAAAAAAAAAAAACAAAAUGUAUGAAUUUAUCAAGUUGUAGAUCCAAAAAAUGCAUUAUUAUGAUAUUUUGUAAGGUUUCAAUACAUUUUGAAUGAAAACAACAAAAAUUUUUUCUUUACUCCCUGGAAUUCAUUAAGGAUAAUUUUGCUUACUCUAGUAUACACUAGGUAGGAUGACAGUUAUAGCCGUCAGUACUCCCCAACAGGACCUACCUUUUCAAAUGUAAAUUAAAUUGGUCUUCCUUACAAUCGUGAAAAUUCCCAGUUUGGCUUGUGUAACAGCCACUGUACCGCAGCUAGAAGUAUAUUCUAGCAACUAUUACAGUCUAAAUUAACAGGUGAGCAGGGUGGAAUGUUAUUGUGUUGGCCGCGCACUUACUACACCAAACUCUACAUCACUUUCUUUACUGAGCUCACUGCCUGUACAAUUACGUUUUGGAAACAUGUUUACGUAGCUAUACGUAAUUGAAAGACGUAAAUAGUAACUGAAAGGCAGUUCAAAAAUUGUAACCUUCAACAAGUGUGUUAGUUAUUUUAAAAAAUAAUUACUUUAUCGUAAGUAGAGUUUUGUAAUUCUGUAGAAUAUUUAAUAAUGCAGUAAUAUAAAAGUGACAACAUUUGAAUAUGCCACAUUAUUUGCGGACUGUAAAUUUUGAAUGAAUGUCAGGCCUUGAUACAGACUGUAUUUCUAUAGAUUAUGACACAAUUUACCAGUCUUUGUAAUGUAAUAAAUAAGUAUUUUUUUCAAAAUGGAACAGUUGCGUAUGGAUGUGCUCAUUUGUGUUGUGUGAACAUCAUUGAAAAAGUUUAAUUGAAAUUUUCUUUAAGCUAGAUUAUAUAAGUAUGUGCUAAUUCGAAAUGUUAAGUACCACCUAGUACACAUUUAUGUAAAGAAUUAGUUUAUAAUAAAAUAUAUUAAGAUAUAUUUUAAUUUUCAAAUUAAUAUUUUGUGACUAUUUUAAAAAGUAACAAGAGAUUUUCCAUUAAAGAUUUAGUAAACAAAAGUCCAGUUGUUUUAGGCAAUAAUAAAUUUCAACCAAAUAUAUUUUUAUAUUAAUUAGAGUUUAGAGAACAUUGUAAGAGCUUUAUUGAAAUAACUAUUCCAUCCAAUUACAAGUGUGUACUGAUUGUUGUAUAGUGAAUUGUAUGUACCCCUCUAGGAGCACUCACUGAUGUAUGUUUCUUUUUAAACCAUUUUAGUGGAUCUUUUGAAAUAUAAAUCUGUUUUGAAUUCAAAUAAAAUUUAAAUUUUUGGACUAGAA